AUGGCCUCCCAAAACCGCGACCCAGCCACAGCCAGUGUCGUAGCUCCCCGAAAAGGAGCCAAGCCCAGCGAGGGCGCAGCCCGGGGUUCUGUGGGUAAGAGGCUACAACAGGAGCUGAUGACCCUCAUGAUGUCUGGCGACAAAGGAAUCUCUGCCUUCCCAGAAUCAGACAAACUUUUCAAGUGGAUAGGCACCAUCCACGGAGCAGCUGGUACAGUCUAUGAAGACCUGAGGUAUAAACUCUCCCUAAAGUUCCCCAGUGGCUACCCUGACAAUGCACCCACAGUGAAGUGCCUCACGCUCUGCUACCACCCCAACGUGGACACUCAGGGUAACAUCUGCCUGGACAUCCUAAAGGACAAG